CCAGCCAAAGCUAACAAAUCGCUCUGAUAAUGCUGGGAGUAACAAUUCUAUUGGUCGCGUUGCACGGCGCACAUCAAGCUACGGCACAGUUGAAUACAUGUACCGGUGGCGACAUCUGCAUCCCGAUCGAGCAAUGCCCACUGUUUGGGUCUAACUCAAGGGCCACGUGGACAGAGGCAACAAUGAACCAGUUUAGAGCGCGUGUCUGUGAGAGGGAACCCACUAUCGAUGGGUGGACUAAAUACAAGGUAUGUUGCGAACCACCGGCUCCCAGCGAACCGAGGGACAGUCGUAAGCCUGGCUUAGAUUUGCUUGACCUCGAAAAUUGUGGAAUGAACCGAAUGCACAGCAACGAAUCUGUAGAAAAUAAUGGCACUCUUGGGAAGCUUCCAUGGAUAGCAUUACUAAAAACAAGUUCCGGGGAGUAUCACUGUGCCGGAACCUUAAUCAGUAAACGCUACGUGCUGACGACUGCGUUCUGCAUAAUAAGCAAGAACCUUGCAUUUGUGCAGCUUCGAAAGAAGGAUUGUGAUGGGCGCGGCGCGUGUACACUGAAACCUCAAGACAUCCCCAUCGAACGCACCAUCGGACACGAUAGUUCCAACAAGCCAUGGCUGUUUAACAACAUCGGCCUGGUACGUUUGGCACGAGACGCAUCGUUUAAUAGUGAUGUACGUCCAAUCUGUCUCCCAAUGGGACCCGAAUAUCAGACGACAGAUACAAAAUAUUUCAUUGUUACACGAAAAGAGGAUUACGCUUUGUUGGACACAGACGCGGUAGCGAUAAGCGAAGUUCAUCUGGUUGCAAAUGAGUAUUGUCAAAGUUGGCUACAGAGGACGGUUCAUAAUUCUCAGAUGUGUGCGAUCGAAUUGGCUCCAAACGAUGAUUGUGCAAAACCAUACGGUGCAUCACUAACAGCUCAGGCCCGCAAUGGACGCCACGUCAUAUACGGGGCACAUGCUUUUGGGAUGGACAUUUGCACGCAAAAUGAAUCCACCGUGUACACCAGAGUGGAAAGUUUCGUUGAUUGGAUAGUGAGCAAUAUCGAAGAGUGAUCGUGUGAUCGAACGUUCCUCUUGGAACUCUUUUUCAAAAACAUACAUCGUUAAUGGAUGAUUUGAUCGAUUCUAAAAAUGACAAUAAAUAGUAGCGAAAGUUUAGUUGUUCUCAUUCAAAUGA